UGUGUUUUUCACGGCUGCUGAGGGCGACAGUCUGGAGAGGACAAAGGAACACCAUGGCCGAUCCUCCCAAGGUGACUGAAGAGCUAAGGAUGGUGCUUCUGGGUCGGACUGAUGUUGGAAAGAGUGCAACAGCCAAUGGAAUAUUAGGAAGUGAGAUUUUCAAAGAGACUGAAACUAUGAAAUGUGAGAUAGCGAGAGGGACAGUGGCCGGCAGAAACAUUUCAGUGAUCGACACUCCAGGAAUGAACAAUACAUCACUGUCUACAGAAGAACUGAAGAGUGAAAUGAAGAGAUGUGUCUCUCUGUCUUUUCCUGGACCUCAUGUAUUCCUGCUGGUGAUCAGACUGGAGAUGUUCACUGAGGAAGAGAAGAACGCUAUGAAGUGGAUUCAGCAACACUUUGGAAAAGGAGCUCUGAAGUUCACUAUGGUGCUCUUCACUGGAAGAGAAAAAAUAACAAAGGACAAAUGGUUGAAAUUUUCACAGGGUGAACAGAUCUGUGAUUUUUUGAGUAACUUUGGAGCUGGGCAUUUUGCAAUAAACAGAAAGGAAGAAAUAAAUCCUUCUCAGAUCACUAAGCUGGUGGACAAGAUCCAGAGCACUGUUCAGCAAAACAUGGGUCAGUACUACACUCACGAAAUGGAAGAAGCUGCCCAGAGAAAGAAAAUAAUAGAAAAUGAGAUGAAAGAGAAAGAGAAGAAAAGUGAAGAGGUGGAAAAAUUAGAGACACAGGAAAGAGGGAGACAAAAACAGCCAGAAAGAUUGGAGGUAAAAAGAGUGGCUGUGGAGGACGAGAGCAGACCAAACAAAGAUGAAUCAGGAAAAGAAGAAGCAUAUAAACAUGUGCUAGACGAUAGAGCUCUAAGCAAAGGAGAGAAUCUGGAAACUGUAAAGAGGGGACAAACUGUGGACAUCAUAUCACAGGAUGAAGCAAUAAGGACUGAGGAUUACAAGGGGGGGAAACAACUAGAGAAAGACAGAGGCAGAAGGACACAGAGGAAACUGGUUAAGCACAUAUAUGAGAGAAGAAUGUUGGAGGCCAAAUAUAUUCAAUCCAUGAAAAAUUUUAAACGAAAAGAGAAGAAUCUGAGGGAAAAGACAAAGAAACAAAGCAAGAAGACAAGAGCUGCAGAAGGAAUUACAUCUGAUUCAGAGUUUGUUCCUGCAUCAGAACUCGGGCUGGGGAGGACUGGAUGUGGAAAGAGAGCAGCAGGAAACACCAUCCUGGGCAGAGAGGAGAGGAGCCAAGCUGGAGCGUCUACAGUGAGGCAGCAGAGUGAGAGCAGACAGGGGGAGGUGGCCUCGGAUGCACAAGGUCCUGACUGCUUCUAUCCUGGACUCUGUGUUGACAAGGUACAUAGAGAAGCACUGGUCCCUAAUUUGCCAGGUGAGGGAAAAAAUGUACACUUUUUGGCAAACAGUCAUUCAGCUUCAUCACAGGUAUGUCGCCAAAGAAAGAAAUAUAAUUCUGAUUCCAUCAAUGAUGAAAAGAAGAAAAUGAACGCACUGGAAAAAACAUUUCAAGAAGAAAAAAACAAGCUUAUAAAUAUGAGUUUCCCAGAGGUUGUUUUUGCAACUAAACUGAGGCUGGUGCUGGUGGGGAGGACUGGGUCUGCAGCAAGAAACAUCAUUCUGGGCAGGGAGGAGAGCAGCCAGGCUAGAGCGUCUACAGUGAGUCAGCAGAGUGAGAGCAGACAGGGGGAGGCGUCUGGGAGGCUGGUGACUGUGGUGGAAACUCCUGAGGAGCUGAGAGAAAAAGUGGAUCUUUUUGCCCAAGAGCCGCACGCCUUCCUCCUAGUCAUACCAGUGAAGCAGUCUACAGGAGAGGAAGAAGGGAUGCUGGAGAAAAUGGAGGAGAUCUUUGGAGAGAGAUGUUGGAGGAACACCAUGAUCCUUUUCACCGUUACUGAUGAAGUCCAAGAGAAGAACAUUGAAGAGUUUAUCCAGUCAGGAAACCAGGAGGUCCAGAGACUUGUAGAGAAAUGUGGGAACAGGUUUCACUAUCUCAGCAUUAAGGAGAGUGGAGAUGGUUCUCAGGUCUCAGAGCUGCUGGAGAAGGUAGAGAAGAUGGUGGAAGGAAACAUCAGUAAAAAAGAGAUUUUUCAGAUGUUUAGAGAUAUGGAAGAGGAACGAGAGGCGAGAGUUCCAACAAUAAGAGAAGAGAUUCAGGAAAUACAAAAAACCCUCACAAAGAAUGAUGAACAUAUUAAAGAUUUUGAUGCUGAUAUGUUAAAACUAGAAGAAAGACAUGGAGAAAAUGUUCAGGAAAAUAAGAAUCUGGUUACCAUGCUAAAAAUGAGAAGUGAGUCUAAGAAGAAUAUCCUGGAGCAAAUCAGAAAAUUGUAUGAGAGAGCAGCUGGAAUGGAGGAGGACAGAAAGUUCAUUAAGGUCAUGUUGCCAGAAUAUCAGCAGGCUGUAUGGCUUUCAGUGCCAAGUGGGCAGGUUGAGCUCAGAAAGCAGAUGCAUGAUGAGGUAAAGAAACUUCAUGAAACAUUCUUGAAGGACUUUAAGACUUUAGAGCAGAUAUAG